AGACAGGAACGCGCGUCGUUCCCGUGAUACCGAACAGUUCGCGGAGACUUUCUUUCGAAACACGGUCGGACGACACCACGGGGGGCCUCCCUGUUUUUCUCGUACGCAACGAAACGCUUUCACGUUGUCGCGACGCGUGCGCCCAAACAAUUUUUCCUCUCCUCCAACGGACGAAGCUCGUGUGAAUCGAUAACGACGAUCGACCGUGGCGAUCGAGAGGACCCCGUCGACGGCAAGGAACCCUCGACCCGACGCUGGCCGCGCGUGUGUGUGCAUGGAUACGCGGUGUGGCGCGAACGACCACGAGGGUGCACUGUUACGAAAGAUCGUCGAGGAGGGAGAGGAGGCGCAUCGAAGUUCUUAUGUUUUCGCGCGCCUCGUGGGAACUUUUCCAUCGUGAACGGUGACGCGUCGCGAGCGACGAUAGAGAGACCGGCUUUCCAUUGAACAUGGAAACGUGAAACAUGGUUGCGUGCAGGGCUUGAAAUUACCGAACGUUUUGCCUCCCGCUGGUGCAAAGAGUAUACUUACCGGGUUUGGGAUGUUUUGAUCGGUACACGGGGGAAAGCUUCGACGAUGUAUCGCGGUGUUAUCACGUAGAGAGUACGCGAAGAGUUGAGAUAUUUCGGAAGAAUUCAGGUGCCCUUGAUCGCGAGUUUUUCUGGAGGACUACCCGUGAGAAUGGAUGUAGUGUCGAGUGGACUGCUCGUGCCAGCGAAGCUCGUGGAUAUUACUACCUACCACUCGUCCUUUUAUUCUCCGCCACCCACCGAAGCAUCGCGGUCUGGGUACGAUUCUAGUAGCGGCGGUGACUCUGACAACGAGUACAGUGGCAGCGUCUGUCGUGGGGUCGCUAAUCAGUCACAGAAUCCGGCCUCGACGAAUGCGAGCACGCACGGGCAGGGGAAGCACAUAAACAAAGGAAGGUGGACCAAAGAGGAGGAUGCUUUAUUGAAGCAGUUAGUGAGCAAUGCGGAGCAACGGGGCACAGGACUCCGAUGGGACGCCGUGGCUGGUCACUUCCCUGACCGGAGCGACGUCCAAUGCCAGCAGAGAUGGGCAAAGGUCGUGAAUCCGGAGUUGGUCAAGGGACCUUGGACGAAAGAGGAGGAUGAGGCAGUGGUGGAAUUAGUGGAACGAUACGGCCCAAAGAAGUGGACGUUAAUUGCACGGCAUCUGAAGGGUCGUAUCGGUAAGCAGUGUCGGGAACGAUGGCACAAUCACUUGAAUCCGGGAAUCAAGAAGACCGCGUGGACGGAGGUGGAGGACAGGAUCAUCGUCGAGGCUCAUCGCAGGGUGGGCAAUCAGUGGGCAAAAAUCGCCAAAUUGCUGCCGGGGAGGACCGACAAUGCGAUUAAGAAUCAUUGGAACAGCACCAUGAGGAGGAAGUACGAGUCGGAGGAGGGGAGGUCCAUCACCGGAUCCAGAGGGAGGGGUAGGAGAAAAGCCACAGAAUCGUCGUCUGUGUCGAAGGAUGUUGGUUGCGCGGAUGAGGACGCCUCUAGUCACGGUCGCUUGAAACCACCAUCGACUAGCAAUGAAAACGCAACGUCUUUGACGAACGUGCAGGCCCAUACACUGAACAUCGACCAGCUGGACUGGACCAGGGCCUGGGACAAUCAUCAACAGAGCAGUCAAACCUACCAAGGUCUCCUCAGUCUCAACCAACGUACGCACAACACCGAUUCUCGGCUGCAAUCCCCCUCGAAACAAGGGACCUCGUCCACCAGAGUCAAGACUGAAUCGAUCUCGCCGUUUACCAAGUAUUUUGAUCUGCAAAUACAAGGUGAACCGACCAGCUCAAGAAGUUCGGAGAUAAGACUAAUGCCUAUGCCAGACUUGGACGAGAUAUCAAACAUGGCGGAGAAGGAGAGAAGCAGUCCACCUCCGAUUCUCCGUCGGCGCAAGAAUACUCACCAGCAGAGAACGGGCUCUCCCGACAGUGGAAACCAGUCGGAUUAUAUUAUCAUAACCCAACAUCAGCCAGAGCAGCAGCACCAUCAGCAGCAGCAGCAGCAAGAGGAGCAGCAGCAGCAACAACAGCAGCAGCAACAGCAAACUGGCGACAAUACCCCAUCCACUCCUAUCAAGCAACUGCCAUUUAGUCCGUCGCAGUUCUUGAACAGUCUGAGUCCUGAAACAUCCUCCUGGCCGAGGGCGAGUACCCCUAAGGGAAGCAGUCCUGGUCCUCUUACCACACCACAACCCACUGGUUUUCGACGAAGUCAGAAUGACGGCAACACGCCGAGGACGCCAACGCCGUUCAAGAACGCUCUGGCCGAGCUGGAGCGGCGUAGCGGCGCGACUACUCAGUUACCUGCCACCCCCAGUCGUCUCGAUGCUCUAACCGAGAUCAUCAAACAGGAAACCGACCGUGAGAGUUUGGCUGGGACCAGUGCCAUCCUCCAGGACUCCGGUUACAGCACGAUACGACGACGGGGCAAGGAGAACAGCGCCCCCGGCGGAAAGAGGGCCCGCAAAGCACUCUGUCAGGCCUGGGCGAAUGCUUCUCAGGAUAAUUCAGAAAUGAGUUUCGUUGUAGAAACACCAAGUAAAAGUUUGGACACAUCGGUAUUGUUUUCACCAGCAUCCAUGGCGUUGGAGGAUAGUUUCUUAACAGCAGGGACUAGUCCCGUGAAGACUUCCCACGACUUCGCGUCCGUUCAACGGAAGCCUAACGCCAAGAGGGCGAUCACGUUCGACGCGUUCGACAGUCCCUGCUGUAUCCUCAGCCCUCUGCCGCUCAGGCCGGUUAAACGCGCCAAGCUACAGUUAGAGGCACAAUGGACAAUGGUGGCCUGCGGACGCACACGCGAUCAGCUCGAAAUGACGCGAGCCGCUCGACGAUUUCUUAGCAGCCAUGGGUAUUUGCCGUUGCGUCCUCGUUCGCUGAAUUUCUGAAAGCCUUUCUGCAACCGUAGGGGCUCGGUCGCACUUCGUGGUACAAAAGGAAAAACACGCGACGUUGAACUAGUCGUAGCUAAAAACUAUGCGGCGCUUCCGUUUAAGGAAUAUGGCCUUUGUUUCUCUAUCGAAUACGGAUCUGUCGGACGAGUUUUAAGGAAGAUGCAAAAACGUGAAAGAUAAAUCUAUUAGAGAAUUUCGUAGGAACUUGGGGACCCGACGCGUUGUGCAUCGGGGCAUGUUCUUGGUGAACGGUGCGACCGUGAGAUGUCACCGUCGUCGGACCCAAAUCACUGCCCUUUUUUUUCGUCUGUAUUUUUUUGCACCAGCAGAAGCAAGGUUAUUUACGUUAUGAUACGAAUGUCCCGAUGCACGCUGCGUUGCACCCAGUUGCAUUUCAAAGAACGCCACGGUACAAUCGAAAUUGCAUCAAAAAGGAGAGGGGAAUGUCACGUGCUUGAUCUAUACGCUUCCGUUUGCAGUUUGUUCUUUGCAAGACACGAACGAGCCGCAGAAUCGAAAGCAAAGCGAAAAGACCCGUCUGUUCUUUUUCUUUUUUCUCUCUUUGCGGGUGAUAAGAAGUUGCUACAAGAUGGCGCGUGCGCGUCUACUCGCGAAUAACAGAUAAGGGAAACGAGUAUGCACUUCCCGUAAAGUAUUCGUUCUUUCUUUUACCAACACCUCGCGAUAUUUUCUUUAUUCGAACGACCAAGAGGACAUUUAUGUAA